AGCGCCGUUGCAAUUCGAUGUCCGUUGCAGAACCCAAGCGCAAUCAAGCCAAGCAGAAGCAGAAAGAUCCCAAGCCCCAGGUUCCAGCAAAUGCAACUGAACGCCUGAAAACCGUCGUGCGCCGUCUACCCCCCAAUCUCCCCGAAGGAAUAUUUUGGCAGAGCGUUCAAACAUGGGUCACGGAUGACUCUGUUACUUGGAAAGUGUAUCAUGCCGGGAAGUUGAGCAAGAGGGCAAACCAGGAGAAUGUCUCUUCGCGUGCGUAUAUUGCAUUCAAGAAUGAGGAGGUGCUCGCGACAUUCAGUCGUGAAUACGAUGGUCAUCUCUUCAGGGACAAGGCAGGCAAUGAGUCUCAGGCAGUAGUGGAGUUCGCUCCGUUCCAGAAGAUACCCUCUGAGAAGAAAAAGACCGAUGCGAGAAACGCAACGAUCGAUAAAGACGAAGAUUACAUCUCUUUCCUCGAAGCGCUCAACAACGCUGAGAAAUCCGAGCAUGCGUCCCUUGAAGCAAUGAUUGCAGCAUCUCAACCACCCGCCGCUCCAAAAACUACGCCUCUCCUUGAAGCACUGAAGGCAGAGAAGUCAGCUCAGAAGGACAAAGAAGCUAUCCUCCGUAACCAUGCACACUACAAGGACACUUCUAUCGCAUCUACUGCCAGGAAAGAAGAGGUCAAGAAGAAAGCUGCCGUCCCUGCUGCAGCAUCGCAGAAGCAGCCCGAAGUCAAACCUGCUCCACCCCUCAGCCGCAAAGCGAAGAAAGCCGCUGCUGCGGCCGCGGCCGCACAGCAGACUGGUCCUCCUGCCCAGACCGCGCAAACGACUCCUGCUGCAUCGAAAGGCGCCUCUUCAGGGCAUGCUAAUCUGCCAGCCAAACCUCCUUCACAAGCAUCCGCUGUUCCUCGACAACGCCGCUCCUCGCAGAGUCGUCAGCAACCGCCUAAAGUACUCGCUGCGUCUCUCCCUCCUAAACCAGCGGCACAGCCUACUCCUGCCAGUGCAGAGGCCGCACCACCUGCAAGCAGUCGCAGGGGACGUCCAGUCGUUGGUCUUGGACGGCAUUUCGAGGCCGCGUUAAGUGGUGCAGUCGGCCCCAGCGGAGGAAAGAAACGCGAGAAAGAUGCCCAACCAGCUCCCGCGAGAGAGGCUGUGCAAAAAGAUGUUCCGGAUAAACCUAAGGAUACCUUUGCAUCCUCUUCUCUCAGCCCUGCUGUUCCCAGUAUUCUGCAGCGCGGGGAUGGACACGCUCCUGGGAACCCUAUGAUUAUGCAACGUCCUCAGCCUAAUCAUGUUCCUCAAAGCCCUCCUACUGCUGAUUCGCAUGUUGGCAGAGGGGGGACACAGAGGAGAGGGCGUGGCAGAGGUAGGGGAGCUCCUCGUGGUGGCUAAGUGCAACGUCAUUAAGUAUACAAGCCUACUUUUUGUCCGCCAUAAACGCCACCGCGAGGCUGGUGGCCUUUCAGUUGCGCUGCACGGUUCAUUGCAACACAGUUGGCACUUGGAAUCCAGUCGGGCCACCACAAGCAGUGACAGCCAUGUAUGUUCACUUCGCGCUAGCCCAGCACCAACCUCUUGCAGCAUGACUGAUACUUUUUACGAAUCCCUUUGAGUAGAUUUAAUGUUGGUAGUCAGACCCAGCACCUCCAUGCAGUGUUUACUAGUCGUUCUCUUACACGCAGA